AGAUUGAGGCGAGGGCUGGCCAUGCUCCGCCGGAAGGCGCCUUGUUCUCCGAAAGGGUGAGUUGAAACGCUGGCUGGAAAGGAAGCACCAGGACUUGUUCAGGAGUUUCACCAUCUUCCUCUGAAGACCUAGCCACCUUGCUCCAUGAAGGUCAGGACAAUCUGACAUGCACUUGUUUCUUGCCUCUUUUUACCUGAAGAGUAGUCCUCUUCCAUUGUGUACAUUUUUUUCUUAAUAGGGGAGGGGAGGGGAGAGCCAGUACCCCCCCUCCCCUUCCCUCCCUAGACCUUGGGGAAGUACCCUCCAUUGCUUUCCCAAGAUGGCAGACCCCAUCAUGGAUCUGUUUGAUGACCCAAAUUUAUUUGGCCUGGACUCUCUGACUGAUGACAGCUUCAACCAGGUCACACAAGACCCCAUUGAGGAAGCCCUUGGACUGCCAAGCUCUCUGGACUCCUUGGAUCAGAUGAACCAGGAAGGUGGAGGUGGUGAUGUGGGGAAUUCAUCAGCAAGUGACCUGGUCCCCCCACCAGAUGAGACAGCCCCCACAGAACUUCCCAAAGAAUCAACAGCUCCAGCUCCAGAAUCUUUAACUUUGCAUGAUUAUACCACUCAGCCCGUCAGCCAGGAGCAGCCAGCCCAACCUGUAUUACAGACACCGACGCCAACAUCAGGACUUUUGCAGGUCUCCAAGAGCCAGGAGAUCCUGAGCCAAGGGAAUCCUUUCAUGGGUGUCUCUGCCACAGCUGUCUCUUCCAGUAGUGCUGGAGGGCAACCACCUCAGUCAGCCCCUAAGAUUGUUAUCCUUAAGGCCCCACCAAGCUCCUCAGUCACUGGUGCCCAUGUGGCACAAAUUCAGGCCCAAGGUAUCACCAGCACAGCUCAGCCCCUGGUGGCUGGCACAGCCAAUGGUGGAAAAGUUACUUUUACCAAAGUGCUAACCGGCACUCCCCUUCGACCAGGUGUUUCCAUUGUCUCUGGUAAUACAGUGUUGGCCGCCAAGGUCCCUGGGAACCAGGCUACUGUUCAGCGCAUUGUCCAGCCCAGCCGACCAGUAAAGCAGCUGGUCCUACAGCCAGUUAAGGGUUCAGCUCCUGCUGGAAACCCUGGGGCCACAGGGCCCCCACUGAAGCCUGCAGUUACACUGACCUCUACACCUACCCAGGGUGAAUCGAAACGCAUCACCCUGGUCCUCCAGCAGCCACAGUCUGGAGGUCCCCAAGGACACCGGCAUGUCGUUCUAGGGAGUCUACCAGGCAAGAUAGUGUUACAGGGCAACCAGCUGGCAGCCCUGACUCAAGCCAAGAAUGCUCAGGGGCAGCCCGCCAAAGUAGUAACUAUCCAGCUGCAGGUGCAACAGCCACAGCAGAAAAUCCAGAUCGUACCACAGCCUCCAUCAUCGCAGCCUCAGCCACCGCCACCACCCUCCACCCAGCCAGUGACACUCUCCUCUGUGCAGCAGGCUCAGAUAAUGGGGCCGGGACAGAGCCCAGGGCAAAGACUUUCAGUACCGCUCAAGGUGGUGCUGCAGCCACAGGCUGGUUCUUCCCAAGGGGCCUCUUCUGGGCUGUCCGUAGUUAAAGUUCUAAGUGCCAGUGAAGUGGCAGCUCUGUCUUCACCAGCAAGCUCUGCUCCUCAUACGGGGGGCAAGAUAGGAAUGGAGGAAAACCGCAGGCUGGAGCACCAGAAGAAGCAAGAGAAGGCAAAUCGGAUUGUAGCAGAGGCUAUUGCUAGGGCCCGUGCCCGGGGUGAGCAGAACAUACCUCGAGUCCUAAAUGAGGAUGAGUUGCCCAGUGUUCGGCCUGAGGAAGAAGGUGAAAAGAAACGCAGGAAGAAGAGCAGUGGGGAGAGGCUCAAGGAAGAAAAGCCAAAGAAGAGCAAAACAUCGGGUACCUCCAAAACUAAGGGCAAGAGUAAGCUGAACACCAUCACCCCUGUGGUGGGUAAAAAGAGAAAGCGUAAUACUUCAUCUGAUAAUUCAGAUGUAGAAGUCAUGCCUGCCCAGUCACCCCGGGAAGAUGAAGAAAGCAGCAUUCAGAAGAGACGCUCAAACCGCCAAGUUAAGCGAAAAAAAUACACAGAGGAUCUGGAUAUAAAGAUCACAGAUGAUGAAGAAGAAGAAGAAGUGGAUGUAACUGGUCCAAUAAAAACUGAGCCUAUCCUCCCUGAACCAGUGCAGGAACCAGAUGGCGAGACUUUGCCUUCCAUGCAGUUCUUUGUGGAGAAUCCCAGUGAAGAAGAUGCAGCCAUAGUAGACAAAGUGCUUUCCAUGCGGAUUGUGAAGAAGGAGCUUCCUUCUGGACAAUAUACUGAAGCAGAAGAAUUCUUUGUCAAGUACAAGAACUACUCCUAUCUGCACUGUGAAUGGGCUACCAUCUCCCAACUAGAGAAGGAUAAGAGAAUCCAUCAAAAACUAAAGCGCUUCAAAACCAAAAUGGCUCAGAUGAGACACUUCUUCCAUGAGGAUGAAGAGCCCUUCAAUCCUGACUAUGUAGAGGUGGAUAGGAUAUUGGAUGAGUCUCACAGCAUUGACAAAGACAAUGGGGAGCCUGUAAUUUACUACCUGGUGAAAUGGUGCUCUCUGCCCUACGAGGAUAGUACGUGGGAGCUGAAAGAGGAUGUUGAUGAGGGCAAGAUUCGAGAAUUUAAACGGAUCCAGUCAAGGCACCCAGAACUCAAAAGAGUGAAUCGUCCACAGGCAAGUGCCUGGAAGAAGUUAGAGCUGUCACAUGAGUAUAAAAACAGAAACCAGUUACGGGAAUAUCAAUUGGAAGGGGUCAACUGGCUGCUCUUUAAUUGGUAUAACAGGCAAAACUGCAUCCUGGCUGAUGAGAUGGGAUUGGGCAAAACUAUCCAGUCCAUUGCCUUUUUGCAGGAGGUAUAUAAUGUGGGCAUUCACGGACCCUUCCUGGUCAUUGCCCCACUGUCCACAAUUACUAACUGGGAGCGAGAAUUCAAUACGUGGACGGAAAUGAACACUAUUGUAUACCAUGGCAGUCUGGCUAGCCGUCAGAUGAUUCAGCAAUAUGAAAUGUACUGCAAAGAUUCACGGGGGCGCCUCAUCCCAGGUGCAUACAAGUUUGAUGCCCUGAUCACCACUUUCGAGAUGAUUUUGUCAGACUGUCCUGAGCUUCGUGAGAUUGAAUGGCGUUGUGUCAUCAUUGAUGAGGCCCAUCGGCUAAAGAACCGUAACUGCAAGCUGCUUGAUAGCCUCAAGCACAUGGACUUGGAACACAAAGUGUUACUCACAGGAACACCAUUGCAAAAUACCGUGGAGGAACUGUUUAGCUUGCUUCAUUUCUUGGAACCUUCACAGUUUCCUUCAGAAUCAGAGUUCCUCAAGGACUUUGGGGAUCUCAAGACAGAGGAACAGGUUCAAAAGCUACAGGCCAUUCUCAAGCCAAUGAUGCUGAGAAGACUCAAGGAGGAUGUUGAAAAAAACCUGGCACCCAAACAGGAAACUAUUAUUGAAGUAGAGCUGACCAACAUCCAGAAGAAAUACUACCGGGCUAUUUUGGAGAAGAAUUUCUCCUUCCUUUCCAAAGGGGCAGGUCACACUAACAUGCCUAAUCUGCUCAAUACAAUGAUGGAGUUGCGCAAAUGCUGCAACCACCCAUAUCUCAUCAAUGGUGCAGAAGAAAAAAUCCUGACAGAAUUUCGAGAAGCUUGCCAUAUUAUACCUCAUGACUUCCACUUGCAGGCCAUGGUUCGCUCAGCUGGCAAAUUGGUUCUUAUUGACAAGUUGCUUCCAAAACUUAAAGCUGGUGGCCAUAAGGUUCUGAUCUUCUCCCAGAUGGUACGCUGUCUAGAUAUCCUAGAGGAUUAUCUAAUUCAGAGGAGGUACCUAUAUGAGCGUAUUGAUGGGAGAGUCAGAGGUAACCUUCGACAGGCAGCUAUUGACCGCUUCAGCAAGCCUGACUCAGACCGUUUUGUCUUUUUGCUAUGCACCCGGGCUGGUGGACUUGGUAUUAAUCUCACAGCUGCUGAUACCUGCAUCAUCUUUGAUUCAGACUGGAAUCCACAAAAUGACCUGCAGGCGCAGGCACGAUGUCAUCGAAUUGGGCAGAGCAAAGCUGUGAAGGUGUACCGUCUCAUCACUCGUAAUUCUUAUGAGAGAGAGAUGUUUGAUAAGGCUAGCCUUAAGUUGGGAUUGGAUAAAGCUGUGCUUCAGUCCAUGAGUGGUCGGGAUGGCAACAUUACUGGAAUCCAGCAGUUCUCCAAGAAAGAGAUUGAAGAUCUCUUAAGAAAAGGAGCAUAUGCAGCCAUAAUGGAAGAAGAUGAUGAGGGCUCCAAGUUUUGUGAAGAAGACAUUGACCAGAUCUUGUUAAGACGAACCACAACCAUCACCAUUGAGUCUGAAGGAAAGGGUUCUACCUUUGCCAAGGCAAGCUUUGUUGCUUCUGAAAAUAGAACUGAUAUUUCUCUGGAUGACCCCAACUUUUGGCAAAAGUGGGCCAAAAAGGCUGACCUGGACAUGGAUCUACUGAACAGCAAGAAUAACUUGGUGAUUGACACACCUAGAGUACGAAAACAGACCCGGCACUUCAGCACCCUGAAAGAUGAUGACCUAGUGGAAUUCUCUGAUUUGGAAAGUGAAGAUGAUGAACGGCCACGCUCUCGCCGACACGACCGUCAUCAUACCUAUGGGCGCACUGACUGUUUUCGGGUGGAAAAGCACCUCUUGGUAUAUGGUUGGGGACGGUGGCGAGAUAUCUUGUCUCAUGGACGCUUCAAGCGACGUAUGACUGAACGAGAUGUGGAGACAAUUUGCCGGGCCAUCCUUGUUUACUGUCUUCUACAUUAUCGUGGGGAUGAAAAUAUUAAAGGCUUCAUUUGGGACUUGAUUAGCCCUGCUGAAAAUGGCAAGACAAAAGAAUUGCAGAAUCAUUCAGUCUUUAAUGUCUCCCCUUUCCCAGGUCUGUCUAUCCCUGUGCCACGUGGACGCAAGGGGAAAAAAGUAAAAUCACAAAGCACUUUUGAUAUCCAUAAGGCAGAUUGGAUCCGGAAAUAUAAUCCUGAUACCCUGUUCCAGGAUGAGAGUUAUAAGAAGCAUUUGAAACAUCAGUGUAACAAGGUGCUAUUGCGGGUACGGAUGCUCUAUUAUCUAAGGCAGGAGGUUAUUGGAGACCAGGCAGAGAAGGUGUUAGGGGGUGCCAUUGCCAGUGAGAUUGACAUAUGGUUCCCAGUAGUGGAUCAGCUGGAGGUUCCAACAACAUGGUGGGACAGUGAGGCUGACAAGUCCUUGCUCAUUGGAGUCUUUAAGCAUGGCUAUGAGAAAUACAAUACUAUGAGGGCAGAUCCAGCCUUAUGCUUCCUGGAAAAGGCUGGUCGACCAGAUGACAAAGCCAUUGCAGCAGAACAUCGAGUAUUGGAUAAUUUCUCUGACAUAGUAGAAGGGGUUGACUUUGAUAAGGAUUGUGAAGAUCCUGAAUACAAACCACUCCAGGGUCCCCCAAAGGACCAAGAUGAUGAGGGUGAUCCCUUGAUGAUGAUGGAUGAGGAGAUCUCAGUGAUUGAUGGAGAUGAAGCCCAGGUGACCCAGCAGCCAGGCCAUCUAUUCUGGCCUCCAGGCUCUGCUCUGACAGCUAGGCUUCGGCGCCUAGUAACAGCUUAUCAGCGCAGCUACAAGAGAGAACAGAUGAAGAUAGAGGCUGCAGAACGAGGGGACCGGAGACGACGGCGUUGUGAGGCAGCCUUCAAGCUAAAAGAAAUCGCGCGGCGGGAAAAACAGCAACGAUGGACAAGGCGUGAACAAACUGAUUUCUAUCGGGUGGUGUCUACCUUUGGUGUGGAAUAUGACCCCGAUACCAUGCAGUUCCAUUGGGAUCGCUUCCGUACUUUUGCCCGUCUGGACAAAAAAACAGACGAAAGCCUUACCAAGUACUUCCAUGGCUUUGUGGCCAUGUGUCGCCAAGUGUGUCGCCUUCCCCCAGCAGCUGGAGAUGAGCCCCCGGACCCUAAUCUGUUCAUUGAGCCCAUCACGGAGGAGAGGGCCUCACGGACUCUUUACCGUAUUGAGUUGCUUCGGCGCUUACGGGAACAAGUUUUAUGCCAUCCCCUUCUGGAAGAUCGGCUGGCAUUAUGUCAGCCCCCAGGUCCUGAAUUGCCCAAAUGGUGGGAGCCUGUUCGGCAUGAUGGGGAGCUUCUGCGAGGGGCAGCCCGACAUGGGGUGAGCCAAACAGACUGCAACAUCAUGCAGGACCCAGACUUUUCUUUUCUGGCUGCCCGUAUGAAUUAUAUGCAGAACCAUCAGGCAGGAGCACCAGCUCCACCCCUGUCACGCUGCUCUACUCCACUGCUCCACCAGCAGUAUACCUCGCGCACUGCCUCACCACUGCCCCUGCGCCCAGAUGCUCCUGUUGAAAAACCACCCGAGGAGACAGCCGCCCAGGUCCCCAGUCUGGAGAGUCUGACUUUAAAGCUAGAGCAUGAGGUGGUGGCCAGGAGCCGACCAACCCCACAAGACUAUGAGAUGCGAGUAGCCCCCUCUGAUACUACCCCUCUGGUUUCCCGGAAUGUUCCACCAGUCAAACUGGAGGAUGAGGAUGAUUCAGACUCUGAGCUGGACUUGAGCAAGCUGUCACCAUCAUCCUCUUCUUCCUCAUCCUCAUCCAGCUCCAGCUCCAGCACUGAUGAGAGUGAGGACGAGAAGGAAGAAAAGCUAACUGUUGACCAGUCCCGCUCAAAGCUCUAUGAUGAAGAGAGUCUCCUGUCCCUCACUAUGUCCCAAGAUGGAUUCCCAAAUGAAGAUGGAGAACAAAUGACCCCUGAGCUUCUGCUGCUACAAGAAAGACAAAGAGCCUCUGAGUGGCCCAAGGAUCGUGUCCUUAUAAACCGUAUUGACCUCGUCUGCCAGGCUGUACUCUCAGGGAAGUGGCCUUCUAGCCGCCGGAGCCAGGAAAUGGUAACAGGAGGAAUUUUGGGGCCAGGCAACCACUUGCUAGAUAGUCCCUCCUUGACUCCAGGAGAAUAUGGUGACUCUCCAGUCCCCACACCACGAAGCAGCAGCGCGGCUUCCAUGGCAGAGGAGGAAGUGUCUGCAGUCACCACAGCAGCAGCUCAGUUCACAAAACUUCGCAGAGGCAUGGAUGAAAAGGAGUUUACGGUUCAGAUCAAAGAUGAGGAAGGAUUGAAGUUAACAUUCCAGAAGCACAAGUUGAUGGCUAAUGGAGUAAUGGGAGAUGGACAUCCUCUGUUUCAUAAGAAGAAGGGAAACAGAAAGAAGCUAGUCGAGUAUAUGGAGGAUCGCAGAAAACAGAAGUGGCAGAGAUGUAAAAAAAAUAAUAAGGCAGAAUUGAACUGUUUGGGAGUGGAACCUGUCCAGACAGCUAACUCUAGGAACGGGAAAAAGGGUCACCAUGCUGAAACUGUGUUCAACCGGGUUUUGCCAGGGCCUAUUGCACCAGACAGCAGCAAGAAGCGGGCCCGUAGGAUGCGACCAGACCUUUCUAAGAUGAUGGCCCUGAUGCAGGGUGGAGGCACUGGGUCCCUGUCUCUGCAUAAUACCUUCCAACACAGCAGUAGUGGCCUGCAGUCUGUGUCAUCUCUGGGUCACAGCAGUGCCGCUUCUGCAUCUUUGCCUUUUAUGCCGUUUGUGAUGGGUGGUGCAGCAUCAUCCCCUCAUGUAGACUCCAGCACCAUGCUUCAUCACCACCACCACCACCCCCACCCCCACCAUCACCACCAUCACCAUCCAGGCCUGAGAGCCACUGGCUUCCCUUCUUCACCAGCCACUACCACCUCUGGUACUGCCUUGAGGUUGCCACCACUGCAGCCUGAGGAAGACGAGGACGAUGAGGAUGAAGAUGAUGAUGAUGAUUUAUCUCAGGGCUAUGAUAGCUCAGAAAGGGACUUCUCACUCAUUGAUGAUCCUAUGAUGCCAGCCAACUCAGACUCGAGCGAAGAUGCUGAUGACUGAAGCCCCAGCAUGGUCCCCAUUGCUUGGGUGGCUGCUGUUAUUUUCAAUUACUCUGGCCCUUGGACUAUGGAAAAGUGGGAGGGGCAGGGGAGAUGUGGGGAAACCCAGGACUCCAGGAGGUGAAAAGGAAAAAGAAAACUUGUACCUGAUUGCUUCCAAAAUUGAGAGGAUUGGGUGGGCAGGGGGAACUCCUAAAAAAAUACAUGACCACUUCCUCAUUUCUGGGGAAGGAAAGGAGACUAGAGCAGCUGAUGUGCUCACCCCUCCCUAAACCCCUCCAUUAACCACAGACUAUGUAGCGCUGGCCCUAGCCUCUGGCAGAGCCUGUUCCUGGCCGAACUGUGGAUACAGCUGGAGGGUCAGGAACUGUUACCUUCCUUCCCCUUGGCAUUAAUAAAUUUAAGUUAAUCCUUUUCCA